CGGCUAAGGAAAUAACCCUCACCAAAUUUCUCCCUUUCUCCUCUUUCCUUUACAGAACCAACAAGACAAACGGCAAAAAGCAAUGGCCAACGAUAAACUCAUCUGCGUCAUUGGCGCCACAGGCAACCAGGGCGGCUCCGUCGCCCGUCGCUUUCUCAAAGCGGGCUUCAAAGUGCGUGGCUUGACCCGCAACACCGCCUCACCCUCCGCCCAAGCCCUGUCAUCGGCGGGAGCCGAAGUCGUGGCUGUUGAUCUCAAUGACGUCUCGACUCUCAAGAAAGCGUUUUCCGGGGCGAACGUGAUCUUCAGCGUGACUAACUACUGGGAACCGUUUUUCCGACCAGAUUGUCGGGAGCAGGCUGCCAAGGAGGGUAUUUCGUGUCGAAAGUUUGCGUAUAAUGUUGAGGUGCAGCAGGGAAAGAAUAUUGUCGAUGCGGCUGCUACCGUGGUGGACAGCCUGGAUGAUAACGGAUUUUUGGUCUCGACGUUGAGUCAGGCUGAGAAGUGCAGUGGAGGGAAAUUCAAGGAGUUGUAUCAUUUUGAUGGCAAGGCUGAUGUUUUUCCGGCGUAUGUUGACGAGAAGUAUCCUGAGCUUGCGGCCAAGAUGUCGUGCAUUCACACGGGGUACUUUUAUACGAGCUUCAACAUUUUGCCCGACUCUUAUAUGAACAAGCUCCCUGAUGGAACCUUUGAAAUGUCUUUCACUACCUCCCCCGACAGUCUCGUUCCUCAUCUCGACCCAGUGGGAGAUCUAGGCAACUUCACCUACGCCGUGUACCAAAUGCCUCCAGGCAAGGCUUACAUGGCUGAAGGCACAACCUGCACAUGGCCAGAAUGGAUCGAGACCUGGGGUCGCAUCAACAAUGUCCCUGUCAAGUACCGCCAGGUGACACCAGAUGAAAUGACAGCCGCUACACCUGAUCGAGAUGCGGGAAUUGAGACAGGAUAUAUGUUCUCGUAUACUUCUGAUCCGGGAUACGAUGGCGGCAUGAAAUUGCUGAGGGCAAAGGAUAUCCGAGAGGCUGGCAUUGACUGCCCCAUGACAAGCUGGGAGGAAUGGGCCAAGAAGUACGACUGGUCUGCUAUUCUUAACAAAUAAGGGUUACAAGAUAUAUAGGCAUGGUCAUUAUUAGCGCAAAGUCUGUUGCAGAAAGAACUUAUUAGAGUAGACUACAUUACGGCCGAAAGCAUGAUAAAUAAAUAUGAGAACUAUAGGUAUUUUUUUUUCCAAUUCGCUGUUGCAUUUCACUUCAUGUUACCUGAUGACCAAGCCGUUAUGAACUCGUUACUCCUCCAGCUGCCAUUUCGCAGCGCCUUUCGCAUGUAACUGAACGGUAUCAAACAUGGGCAUGUCAACGUCCCCCGGCUUUAAUAUCAUCUGUAACUCUGUACAUCCCAAAAUAACUCCCUCAGCACCCCUCCCGUACAAGUCCCUGAUCUGAUCCAGGUAAAACUCCCUUGACUCAGGCAGUACCUUAUUACACGAAAGCUCUUCGAAAAUCACACGAUCCAUCCUCUUCCUCGUCUCCUCCCUCCCUGGCACAAGUACCUCAACCCCAAACCUCCUCUCCAGCCUCCCCUUCAAAAAGUCCUGCUCCAUCGUAAUCUGUGUUCCCAGCAAUGCAACUUUCUUCAACCCUUCUUUAAUAAUAGCAUCACCCGUAAAGUCAAUGAUAUGCAGCAGUGGAAGACCCGUUGCAUUUUCAACAUCUUCCGCCCAGCGGUGAUUCGUGUUGACGCAGAGAACGAUUGCUUCUGCGCCGAUGGACUUGAGAUUCUUUGCCGCGCUGCAGAUUUGGCGGGAUACUUCGUUGUAGUUGCCUGUUUGGAAGAAGCUGAAGAGCUCGGCGUGGUCGAAGGAGUGGAGGAGCAGUUUGGAGGAGUGGCCGCCGCCGAGACGGUGUUGGACGUAGGCGUUUAUUUGUUUGUAGUAGAGGAGGGUUGCGUUGUAGGUUGUCCCGCCUAGAAGACCUAGCACGCGCAUCUUCGCUGGGUACCGUGCUGGCUUUUCCCCUUGAUAUGAUGGAAUUGAGGCAGAGAGUUGAAGCGCAACAGUUAG